AUGCGCCUUACCGUUGCCCUCCUCGUGAGGUUCUUCCAGUUUGUGCAGGGCUGUAGCCAGGGCCGCGUCUCCAUCUCGGCUGGGGCGUUGCGCCGACGUCUUCGAACUUGGAGCGGUGGCAUACCUCCUCCACUCUACGUGGAGCACCCAGAAAAGGACGGCUUCAACAUCGCAGCUGCUCUCACCGCCGAGGGCUGGACGAAAAUCAUCCGGCGCUGCGGAUGGGCAAGGAAGCAGCUUAUGCCGACCAGAAGGUCCGUAGAACUUCGACAAGCUGUGCAGCUGGUUUUCGGAUCCUGA